AUGCAGUCUUCCUUGCGGGUCGCUGAGAAUACCCUCUCUGUACUAGUCAGAGACGUGUGUCAUGCUACAUGUGACGAAUAUGUUGAUGAGGUUAUGACAGCCCCCUCCACACCUGAAGAAUGGAGACAACUGGCUGAUGGUUUCCUCAAGAAUUGGAACUUUUCAAAUUGCGUUGCUGCUAUUGAUGGCAAGCACAUAGCUAUCAGAAAGCCUGCCAGCUCUGGUUCCUUAUAUUAUAAUUAUAAGGGAUUCUUCAGCAUAAUCGUACUGGCCAUUGUCGACUCGGACUACAAGUUCGUAUGGUGUGAUCUGGGUGACCCACAGCCCUUUCCAAAUGACACCGUCGACAUGCCCUAUUUCUUGGUUGGAGAUGACGCUUUCAGCCUUCGCGAGAACAUGCAGAAACCCAAAGGACAUAGAGUCCUGACAACAGACGAUAGAAUCCUGAACUACCGGUUAUCCAGGGCUAGGAGAGUAUCAGAAAAUGCAUUUGAGAUUUUGGCCAACCGAUUCCAGAUACUUCUUACAAAGAUGAACCACAGCCCAUCCACAGUAAGGCUGAUUGUAAAGACAUGCUGCAUUCUCCACAGAAUCAGUAGUCACAGCAAUACUGUCGAGUCGGAAAAAAGUUAG